AUGUCUUCCACUCAGAAAGCGAUCGUUGUCACGGAGCUCAAUAAGCCUGUCACUCUGGUAAACGACCGACCAAUCCCCGAGCCAGCCGUAGGCCAGGUUCAAGUGAAAGUGGCUGUUGCCGGCAUCAACCCUCACGACCAGAAGGGCCGUGACUGGGGUCUGAUGACCGAAGGAGAUCUCCCCUCCAUCAUCACCCACGACGUCGUUGGCCGGGUCAACAAACUAGGCUUCGGAGUCACUGAGCUUGCGGUCGGCGAUCGCGUCGUGUAUCAACCAACAUUCCUACCGGGUUCCACGCAGAAUGGCCUUCAAGAAUACGCCAUUGCGGAUAUAGGAUCUCUCGCUAAGAUUCCGGAUUCGGUCACAGACGACGAAGCUGCGACGUUACCUACGAAUGUUAUCGCGCCGUUAGUGGCUCUGUUCAAGACGCUGAAUAUCCCUGCGCCGUGGACUGCUGAGGCAAGGGAGUUCGACUACGCCAAUACGGCAAUCCUGAUCGUCGGAGGGGGGUCUAACUGUGGUAAAUUCGGCGUGCAGCUGGCCAAACUCGCGAACAUCGGACGCAUUGUGGUGGUGGGCGGCGACGAGACGAAGUUGAAGUCCUUUGGCGCUACCCAUGUCCUCGACCGCCACGCUGGAGAGGAGGCAAUCGUUGCCCAGAUUCGCGAUAUAGUCGGCGAUGAUCUGGUGUAUGCGUACGAUGCUAUUAACCCUCCCGAUGGCUUGUUCCUAGCUCUGAAUGCCCUCUCGAACAGCAAGAGAGGUGCUCUAGCUCGUCUCUUGCCCCGUGAUCCAGUCGAUGAGUCAAGGGUCCAGGGGAAGAAGGCAGGGUUCGAUGUACGUGAUGUGUUUGGCAGCUCUCAUGGACAUCCUGAGCUUGCGGCCGGGUUUUGGUCGCGACUUCCCGGGUACCUUGAGGGUGGUCAAAUUAAGCCAUUGGACUAUGUGGUCAAGCAGGGACUCUUGGCUGAGAAUGUCAAUGAGGUUUUGGAUGCCUACAGAGAUGGACGCAGGGUGACCAAGACCCACAUUCAUUUAUAG